CAAUGACUUUCUCCGAAUUGCCUCCAAAUAACACUAUUUACAUCAACAAUCUGAAUGAAAAGGUAUCCCAAACCGAACUGAGAAAACAACUCUUUGCAAUAUUUUCACAGUUUGGCAAAAUUCUGGAUAUUAUGUCGAAGAAGACACUAAAACUACGCGGCCAGGCUUUUGUGGUUUUUGAGAGUGAAGCUAGUGCAACUAAAGCCCUCAAAUCCAUGCAAGGCUUCCCGUUCUUUGACAAACCAAUGAGAAUUCAAUAUACAAAAAGUGAUUCGGAUUUGAUUGCGAAACGAAAAGGAACUUUCGUUGCCAGGCCCAAGCGUGAACGAGUUCCGAAGCUGAAGCGAAAACCAGAAGGCUCGGAAGAGCCGAACAGUCUACUUUAUGUGCAAAAUUUACCACCUGACGCAAACGAGGUAAUGGUCUCAAUGCUGUUCACGCAGUUUCAGGGAUACAAAGAGACUAGAAUGAUUCCGGGCAGACCUGGAAUGGCUUUUGUGGACUUUAUGGACGAAACAUCGGCAACUGUGGCCAAAAACACACUGCAAGGAUUUAAUGUUUCUCCUGCGCAUCCCAUGCUCAUUAUGUAUGCCAAAAAGUAGAGUAGAUUGUUGUUUAUUAGCCUCUCACUAUUGUAGUCGAACAGAACAUAGUAGAAGUAAUCCAGACUCAAUUUUUGUCUUACGUUUCGUCUUAUUUGCUUUCAUUUCAAUUCUAUUAUCUGUACUUUUUA